UUCCCGCCAGUAUUAGUAUCAACAUGGCCUCCACAGACUCGACCAUGGAGGUGGAUCUUCCCUCUAAUUCAACUCAACCAACACCUUCAGGGUCUAAAGCUGCCCACACACCAUGGGUUGAAAAAUAUCGGCCUACGACAUUUCCCGAGAUUGUUGGUAAUGAUGAGACUGUGGCAAGGCUGGAAGUGUUUGCCAAGCAAGGCAAUGUUCCCAACAUUAUUAUAGCGGGCCCUCCUGGUGUUGGCAAGACAACCACCAUCUUAUGCUUAGCGAGGGCAAUUUUAGGUUCAAGUUUUAAAGAGGCUGUGAUGGAAUUGAAUGCUUCAAAUGAUCGUGGUAUUGAUGUUGUGAGAAACAAGAUCAAAAUGUUUGCCCAGCAGAAAGUAACACUGCCAAAAGGAAAGCAUAAAAUUAUUAUAUUGGAUGAAGCAGACAGUAUGACAGAUGGUGCUCAACAAGCUUUGAGAAGAACAAUGGAACUGUACUCCAAUACCACCCGCUUUGCCUUAGCUUGCAACUCGUCUGAAAAAAUUAUUGAACCAAUUCAAUCAAGAUGUGCUAUGUUGAGGUAUUCCAAGCUCAGUGACUCCCAGGUACUUUCUAGAAUUCUGGAAGUAUGCUCGAAGGAGGACUUGAGUUAUACAGAAGAUGGUAUGGAAGCGAUAGUGUUCACCUCUCAAGGAGACAUGCGACAGGCGUUAAACAAUCUUCAGUCCACCGCACAAGGAUUUGGUCAUGUGUCAUCUGAAAAUGUGUUCAAGGUGUGUGAUGAACCACAUCCAAUUUUGAUCAAAGACAUGAUUCUCUGUUGUGUAAAUGCUAAAUUUGAUGAUGCUUAUAAGAUCUUAGCUCACCUCUGGAAGUUGGGCUAUGCUGCUGAAGACAUUAUCAGCAAUGUUUUCAGAGUCUGCAAAAACACUAAUAUGGCUGAGUUUCUCAAGUUAGAAUUUAUUAAGGAAAUAGGUCUCACCCAUCUACGUAUAGUCCAAGGAACAUCAUCGCUCCUCCAGUUGUCAGGACUCCUGGCUAGAUUGUGUUCAAAAUCGCUUGAACCUUCCAAAAUACCAACUUUUUAAGAACCUCGCUCCACUUAGUACAAGGUGGCCGACUUCAAGAAUAACACAUAUUCUCUUCAUUCAUUGUCAUACAUUCAUAUACAAUAUACCGAUGUGAUAUGGUGUGGUGUUCCUCUUCCACAACAAGACCCCAAAUACCCAUCUAGCUCAUGAUAUUUGAUUUUAUAUUUUAUAACACUCACAUAUUUAAGGUAUAUAGUCUUACUUCAGGUCUUUUGUGUAAUUGAUGGCAGGGGAAUUUUGUAGUGUAUGUAGGGUGAAUUUUUGUACACCAUCCAAUUGUGCAGGCAGACAUUUAUUAGCCAUAUCCCACUCCCAUCUACAUGGAAUAAAACACAGGUACUGUACACAUAAGACUCAUCAGCCUCACAAGAUAUCAUUAUGAUCCCUGCACCACUGACUCUCGGAUGUGGUAAAUAAUACAGGUUAUUGGUAGAUAUAUAGACAGGCAUUUCUUGAAUUAUGUGAAAGUUCUGUUCUAGAAAACCAUCCAUAAAUCUAUGCUCCGUGAGUCGAGAUAUGCCUGAACUUUACAACCUUCCAUUGUAAUUGGAUUGGGAAGUUCAUAUUGCAAUUUACAGUCCUCCCUGAAAUUACAAAAGGUUACUGUUCCUCAAUUUACAAGUUUACUGUAACUGAAUAACUCUUUAAACAUAGAUUGAUGGAUGUCUGGAGAUAAUCUGUGGAGAUUGUUUUAAUAAAAUUUGAUAUUUUCUAGCAAUUCAAAAUGACUUUUGCCAUUUCCUCUGUUUUAUAUACUAUACAGUUUUGUUCUCUAUUAAACAUUGUCAUAAAUA